AUGCUUCCUUGUAUCUUCACGAUUGUCACCGCUUUGGCCGCUGGGCUCGUCGCAGCGGCUCCCGCCUCGGAUAACGUCCCACCACUCUUAUGCAACCCGGACAACUUGUACUGCUGCAGCGAGUUUGUGGACGUCGGCGAUAUCACCCCGGCGAUUGACGCAUUGCUCUUACUACUGGGGGUCGACCCGGACAGCAUCGUCGCUCCGAUCGGGCUCACGUGUAGCACUGAGACGGUCAUUGAAGGUCUUGCCUGUCAGGGAACCAAUGCGUGCUGCGGUGGCGACAAUAUUCUCGGACAAGUCGUGCUUGAUUGCUCGGAUGGGUUGGUCUAA